AUGGCCAAGAAGAAAGAAGGAGGAGUCUGCUCACCAGGAGGUGCUUGCUACCAAUUCCCAUCACCAGGCUGUUCUAUUUGUUGUAUGGUUUUCUCAUUGUUUGGCGUCAUUGGACUGCUGUCAAUUGGAGGACUCAUUAACGACAACUACGGAAAGGCUGAGGGUGAGGCUGUUUUGAACUCUGAGGAGGCUGCCAAGGCCUCAAAGGGUGCCUUCCUCGGUGUUAUCAUCUACGGUGCAUUCAUUGCACUCUGCUUCGGACUGUUCUUGUUUAGAAAGUACACCAACAAGAGGACAGACGACGAUGACCUAUAA